AGCAGCCGCUGCUGCUGCUGCUUCUGUGCCUCUCCGCGUCCGUGUGCCCUGGCCUCGCCUCGGACCCUAACCUCCGGCCCGCGCGUGCUCGAAAGGCGCCCAACAUUAUCCUCAUCCUCACCGACGACCAGGACGUCGAGCUCGGCUCGAUGCUGGUGAUGAACAAGACACGGCAGCUGAUGGAGCGCGGCGGUGCCCACUUCACCAACGCGUUCGUGACGACGCCCGUGUGCUGCCCGUCUCGCUCCUCCAUGCUCACGGGGAAAUACUCGCACAACCACGACGUGUACACCAACAACGAGAACUGCUCCUCGCCCUCCUGGCAGGCGGCGCACGAGCCCCGCACAUUCGCCGUGCACCUGAGCCGCGCCGGCUACCGCACAGGCUUCUUUGGCAAGUACCUGAACGAGUACAACGGGAGCUACGUGCCGCCCGGCUGGCGCGAGUGGCUCGGCCUCGUCAAGAACUCGCGCUUCUACAACUACACGCUGAACCACAACGGUGUUCGCGAGAAGCACGGAGCCCACUACCCCUCGGACUACCUGACGGACCUCAUCACGAACGAGAGCGUGAGCUUCUUCCGAGCGUCGCGGCGGACGUACCCGGGCCGCCCCGUGCUCAUGGUGCUGAGCCACGCGGCCCCGCACGGCCCCGAGGACUCGGCCCCGCAGUACUCGGAACUCUUCCCCAACGCGUCCACGCACAUCACGCCGAGCUACAACCUGGCGCCCAACCCCGACAAGCACUGGAUCCUGCGCUACACAGGGCCCAUGAUGCCCAUCCACAUGGAGUUCACCAACCUCCUGCAGCGGCGGCGCCUGCAGACGCUCAUGUCCGUGGACGACUCCGUGCAACGCAUUCUGGACACGCUGGAGGAGAGCGGCGAGCUGGAGAACACGUUUGUCAUCUACACGUCCGACCACGGCUACCACCUGGGCCAGUUCGGCCUCGUCAAGGGCAAGUCCAUGCCCUACGAGUUCGACAUCCGCGUGCCCUUCUACGUGCGGGGGCCCGGCGUCGCUCCGGGGUCCACCGUCCCCCAGAUUGCGCUCAACAUCGACCUGGCGCCGACGAUGCUGGACAUGGCCGGCCUGGACAUCCCCGGCGACAUGGACGGACGCUCGCUGCUCAAGCUGCUGCGGCGGCGGUGGCCACGGCGAGACGUCGACCGCGCCAGCGACAGACCGCUCCGUCAGGAAAUCGAGAGACGCGUGUCAUGGAGGGACAGCUUUCUCGUCGAGAGAGGCAAGAUCCCGCAUCUCAAAGACCAAGGAGGUGGUCCGGAGGAGAGGAAACGGGAGUCCAAAUGGGACAGAAUCAGGGCACUGUGCCAGCUAUCCGAGUACAGGACAGCGUGCCUGCAGCCAGGGCAGAGGCUGCACUGCACGGAGGACAAACUGGGCAGACCGAGGCUGUCAAAGUGCCGGCCCCGGCUAGGAGACGCGAGCUCGGGAGGGUGGCAGCGACGCAGUUCGGCCAGGACACGGCGCCAUGCGGCUGCGGUUGACGUGGGGAGCCCUGGUGCUCGGUGUCACUGCCGAGUCAGACGCAGCAGCAGCAGCGGCGGCGGUGGCAGCGGCGGUGGCAGCAGCGGCAACAGCAGCACGGCACGCAGCGGCGACACCGAGACAGCCAGGAGAGCGAGACGCAACCGGAAAGCUCGCAGAGGGAAGAAGCCGCGGUUAGAAGAUUCACAGCUGACUCCGGUGACACACAGGUGCUUCCUGCUGCCGAACAGCACGGUGCAGUGCGACGUGAAGCUGUACCGCUCGCUGCGAGCCUGGAAGAGACACAAACUGCUCCUGGACGAGCAGAUUGAAGAGCUUCACUCGCGAAUGAAGAUCCUGAGAAAGGUCAGAGGUCACUUGAAGAGUUCACGACCCACCGACUGCAACUGCAAUGACAACAGCAGCCACGGCGGGAGCGGGCGACACGGGGGAGCGAAGCCGCCCAGCGCGCCUGGAGAGGGAGACACGGCCGACAGCGGCAGGAGAGGCCGCGCGAGGGACGGAGCCCGUGUCGUCCGCAAAGAGGCCCCCUGCGCCUCGCCGGGCCUCGUCUGCUUCACGCACGACGACGAGCACUGGCGCACGCCCCCCUUCUGGACUCGAGGCGCGUUCUGCGCGUGCACGAGCUCGCUCAACAACACGUACUGGUGCGUGCGCACUCUCAACAGCAGCCACAACUCGCUCUUCUGCGAGUUCGCCACCGGCUUCGUCGAGUACUUCGACCUCAACGCCGACCCCUACCAGAUGCAGAACGCGGUGCACACUCUGGAGCGCGGCGCCCUCGGCGCCCUCCACGCUCAGCUCGCUGGGCUCCGCGCCUGCCGGGGACUCGGGCAGUGCGAGCCGCCCGCCAGCAACACGCACACAGGAUUGAACGAGGACAACGAUUCGAAAGAGCAAAGGCUGUGGGAGCAGAGGACAUGGAGGAGGUUUGAGACACCCAAGCCCGAACCUGCUAGACCGACUGUGGAAGGGAUGGCAGCAGUCGCAUCCAGCGCCCAAGAUUGAGGACCUCGGCCUGCCAACAGCGGGGCGAGGAGCAACACGUGCCGCGUGACACGUGAAGCAGGAGGAAGAGGAGCGGCGUGUGUUUGUUGCGCGUGCGAUGCAUUCGCAGGGCGGUUUGUAGCGUGCUGGUGGAUGAGAUAUAUGGGCAGCACGAGUGUAUAGUCGCCAGUGCAGCAGCAACAGCAGAAGCAGCAGCUCUGUCAGAUCAACAUCAUCAUCAUCGCCGUUAUUAACAGGUCCGUAAUUCAUCAUGAUUAUCGACAGCAGCUCUGUAAUAAUUGUCAUCGCGAUCAACGGCAGAUUCAGAAUCACUUUCACCGUCAUUGUCAUCAUCAGCAGCACCUCUUUCGUUAUCUUUAAUAGCAACAGCACAAUUAAAAUAAUCAUCGAUGUAUCUCCACUAUUAUCUUUAACAGCAGCAGCUCCGUAAUAAUCAUCUACAGUCCAUCAUCAACAACAUCAACAGCAGGUCCUUCUUCAUCAUCUGUAAUAUAAAAUAAUAAUCAAAGGUAGUGGAUGAUGAAGUUGGAACUACUGCGGACGUUAAUGACGAUGCACUGCUGAUGUUAAUGAUAUGCUACUGAUGUUAAUGAUGAUUAUGUACUGAUAUUAAUGACAACGAUGCACUACUGAUGUGAAUGAUUAGUUGCUGAUAAUGACGAAUACGUACUGAUGUUAAUGAUGUACUGCUGAUGUUAAUGAUCACGGCGGCGAUGCACUGCUGAUGGGAAUGAUGAUGAUGCUCUUUUAAAAACGAUUAUGAUGGAGCAGCCCCAUCUCUCUCAUCCAUGAUAUCAUCAGCAGCAGUGGCGGCAGCAGCAGCAGCAGCCGGCUGACGAAGCUUCGUGUACGUCUUCAUCAAUCGACCGUUGUUUCGCUGUGCUCGAACGGGAAGUCGCGGCCGCGUUGCUGAAUUCAAGGACCGCGUUGCUCGAUGUGCGAGCAGCUGUUGCAACGCGACGUUGAGCAACGAUCCACCCACACGAGGCGGCGGGUGGCAGCAGCGGGCUACGCGCGUUCCUAAGCCCACAGGGCAGCCACGCGCGCGCCCGCCCGCCCUGGCAGGACCCCACAGAGCAACGCGUUAAGAGGCAAAGCGGAAAAAAAAUUAGCGUCCGCCGGACUGGAAUGGAGCCACUUUUGGCUGCUGUAGAGUGGAGCAAGAACCGAGGAAUGAAGCAGCGAUGCUAAUAAUAAUGCUGCUGCUGAUGAUGAUGAGACUGGCUGCAGCUGGUGAAGGGCAACAUUGGCACACGUGCAAACCGGCUAUUAUUUUAAAUGAUAAAUCCCUUGUAUGGAACACGGCGCGUGGCAUGCCAGCGACGCGGCGUGGUUGGCUGGUGGCGUGCGUGGAUCAUCCUCCAUGCACCUGGGGGCCCACUGGUACAAUUGUACCGGCUUGCACACUCGAAAACUAGGCCACCAUGGCUUGCAAUGAUACUUAUAAUCCAAUAGUUGCUAUUACUUAUUCACACAGGAAAGCCACACCGAGUCGGAAGACUGGUUUUUCAUCGCUGCGUUGGGGACGUUUGGCGAACGUCAAUGGCAUUGCGUGCGUUUUGGUUUUUGGUGGAAAGCAAAGAACCCGGACCAAAAGCUCGCGGAGAGCAGGGGGGAGACCAUACAACUCCACGCAGAAGGGUGUUCGGGUCAGGUUCGAACCCAGGUCCUUCAUGCUGUGAGGUUACAAGUGUUACCACUGCGUCACCCUGCUAAUCGUAAUGCCCAUGUCUGCGCGCUGAGCCAGUUGCAAAUGAGAUCUUCGGUAUGAAUACAGGCAGCCGCAUUUAAGAUAUAUUUUUAUUUAUUUAUCGGGAGUUUUGACUGAAUCUGAAUGCUCUUUUUCAAGAGGAUACUGCACCGGAACAUUUGGACAAUUCUUUCGUGAACUAAACAGUUAAAUAAGUAAUGCCAUUUAAUUACCCAGGAAAGCCUGAGUCUCAGACUACAGUAUUUCCCUUGAAGGUCCUGCAUUUGGAAUGUUUGGUCAAUUCCUCCACAUUGAUUCGCAUAUCGGGGGAACCUGGAGUGUCCCGGAGAAAGACCUCUGCACGCAACGGAAUAGCGCUCACAUCGUCACACAGACUCAAGAAGCCACCGCUUGCAUUGCCAUCUUCUAGACACCCCAUAGCCCUCGUCGACAAUAUCUGGGAUUCCCAAUUUUGUCGGCACUGCCUCCUACAGCAAAAAGUAUCGUCGUGAUCCAUCAACCAGCCUCUGCGUCGCCGGAUUGUAAGGGGGUCUGCGUCGUAGCAACGGCCAGCUUCGCUCAUUUCAAAUGUUAUUUUUUUUCGAUUUAAAGCUUUCGUGACUGCAGGGGUUCAUCUUCUUGGUUCUUUCGGUAAAGUCACGUAGAAUGGAAAUAAUAAAAUAAUAAAAAUAAAACAUAAUAAAAUAAUUCUCACGACGUUUCGGCCACAACGCAAGCAGCCGUCCUCAGGUGAUGAACAGAUCUGUCGAAACGUCGUGAUAAUUAUUUUAUUAUGUUUUAUUUUUUUAUUUUUUCCAUUCUACGUGACUUUACCGAAAGAACCAAGAAGGGUUAUUUUUUUUAUUUACCUAACCACAAAUCUCCCGCUUUCACGGGCAGGUUUCCCAUCGCCCCUCGCGCCGACCCUGAUCCCGCGCUGCCAUCGCACAUCGGCCGCUCUGUGCACGCGCCGUCCCUGUGAAGCUUGUGAAGGUCACGCGUCGCGCCCCCAGCUCGCUGCCAUGCACUACAACCUGCAUUACAGUGACGGCUAUAUUGAGCCGUGCUCUUGGGGGGGUGGGGGGCCGGCACAUCUGUACUGCCGCUAUGAAGAAGAGGCGGCCAGGGAGCGCACGCAGCGCGCACACACGCGCACACACACGCACACGCGCACACACACGCGCACACACACGCACACACACGCGCACACACACGCGCAUACACGCGCACACGACAAAGAUCCCCCAUAUAGCCUCAACAGACUGUAGGGGCAAGUGCUGUUAGCGAGCACCUAUGAAGGCCGCAACGGUACACGA